AUCAAUGCCAAUCCCAUGCAGACUUGUAUAAAUACACAUAACAGACGCAUUAACCAUUCUCAUCAAGAAUCAAGACUUUACUAGACUCUUAAAAAUGGCUAAUGAAAGAGAUCUCUUGUCCACCGAGAUUGUGAAGCACGGGGUCGAGUCUUCAGGGCCCAAUGCUGGUUCACUAACAUUUUCAGUGAGGGUCAGGAAAAGGUUGCCUGACUUUCUUCAAUCGGUGAAUCUAAAGUAUGUCAAGUUGGGUUACCAUUACCUUAUCAAUCAUGCCAUCUACUUGGCUACCAUUCCUGUUUUGGUCCUCGUGUUUAGUGCUGAGGUGGGGAGCCUUAGCAGGGAAGAGCUGUGGAAGAAACUUUGGCAAGAUGCUCGCUAUGAUCUUGCCACCGUGCUUGCUUCCUUCGGUGUUCUCGUGUUCACAGUUUCUGUCCACUUCAUGUCACGCCCAAGGUCUAUUUAUCUCAUUGAUUUUGCAUGUUAUCGUCCUGAUGAUGAUCUCAAGGUGACGAGGGAGCAGUUCAUCGAGCAAGCAAGGAAAUCAGGCAAGUUUGAUGAGGCAAGCCUCGAAUUCCAAAGUAGAAUUCUGAAAUCAUCAGGCUUAGGAGACGAGACCUACAUUCCAAAAGCAAUAAUGUCACACGAGAAUUGUGCAACCAUGAAGGAAGGGCGUUUUGAAGCUUCAACAGUAAUGUUUGGUGCCCUUGAUGAGCUCUUUGAAAAAACCAGGGUCCGCCCCAAAGAUGUAGGGAUCCUCGUGGUGAACUGCAGCAUCUUUAACCCAACGCCGUCGCUCUCUGCCAUGAUCAUCAAUCACUAUAAGAUGAGGGGCAACAUUUUAAGCUUUAAUCUUGGUGGUAUGGGCUGCAGUGCUGGGAUUAUAGCGGUGGAUUUAGCCCGUGACAUGUUACAAGCUAACCCAAAUAAUUAUGCUGUGGUGGUUAGCACUGAGAUGGUGGGCUAUAAUUGGUAUCCAGGCCGAGACCGUUCUAUGCUGAUUCCUAAUUGCUUUUUUAGGAUGGGUUGCUCCGCCGUGCUCUUGUCUAACCGCCGCCGCGACUUUCGCCAUGCCAAGUACCGCCUUGAACAUAUAGUCCGGACCCAUAAAGGAGCUGAUGACCGUAGUUUCAGGUGUAUUUACCAAGAUGAAGAUGAACAGAAAUUCAAGGGGCUGAAAGUCAGCAAAGACCUCGUGGAAAUAGGAGGUGAAGCCCUUAAAACCAACAUCACCACGCUAGGCCCUCUAGUGUUACCCUUCUCAGAGCAGCUCCUCUUCUUUAUCACACUGAUUUGGAGGCACUUAUCUGGAAAAAGCAACGGGUCCCCAUCAUCGCCACCGGCCAAGCCUUACAUUCCAGACUACAAGCUUGCCUUUGAGCACUUCUGUGUCCAUGCAGCCAGCAAGACGGUGCUCGAUGAGCUGCAAAGGAAUCUUGAACUGAGUGAGAAGAACAUGGAGGCAUCAAGAAUGACACUGCACAGGUUUGGCAACACUUCUAGUAGCAGUGUCUGGUAUGAGUUGGCCUACUUGGAAGCUAAGGAAAGGGUGAAGAGAGGAGACAGGAUUUGGCAAAUUGCUUUCGGGUCUGGGUUCAAGUGCAACAGCGUGGUUUGGAGGUCCAUGGGGCGUGUGAGAAAGCCUUCUAGGAACAAUCCUUGGCUCGAUUCCAUUGACAGAUACCCCGUGCCUUUGUAAGCUGUGGAUACCUGUCGAUACUGGACUCGCACAAAGUGGGGCAUUUGGCAUUCUGCCAUCCCUGUAUAUGGCUUGGCAGUUCUUUUUAUUGAUCUUAAAGUUGAUGAAUUUUAAGUCUCUAGUCUGUAGUAUGAUAUUAUUUAAGAAUGUUCUUGAAGUUUUAUAUUUAAGUUAAAACACAAGUUCCGGUAGCGGUGUCACUAGGGAGCACAAUCUAUUUUGGAGCUUUGAUUGCAAGUUGUGAAAAAUAAUUUAAGCACAGUCUGUCUGUCUAAUCAUAGUCGAACAAAAAUACUACUGUGAUUAUUAUUUGC